UUUAAGAAAACAUUUAAAUUUUGAAUAAACAAAAUUAUUUUUUUAAUAUUUCCAAAUUUCUUUAUAACAAUUAUAUUUUAUUUUAAAAGAAAAUGAGCUAUCGCGAUGAUUUUUAUUCAAAAGAAGCCACUCUUAUAAACAACUCCAAACGUGAAUUGGCCAAUGGAGUGGACAAGGAACCAAUUUAUAAACUAAGGCUAAUGUGUUUCGCAAAAGGUGCCACUGGGAUAUUGGGAUUAGCAAAAACUUUUCGCAAAAUGGAUAUAAAUAGCAACAAUUCUCUUAGUUUAAUGGAAUUUGUAGAGGGCAUAAAGCAAAGUGGCCUUAAUCUCAAUCAGGAUGAAGCUAAAACUAUUUUUAAGAGUUUCGAUGUCAACAAUGAUGGUGCCAUAAAUACAAGUGAAUUUUUAACUAAAUUAAGGCCCUCUAUGACCCGUAACCGUUUGGAAAUCAUUAAUAAAGCUUUCGAAAAAAUUGACAGAAAUUGUGAUGGUGUUAUUACUGUUGAGGAUUUGAAAAAUAUCUAUUGCGUUCGUGAUCAUCCAAAGUAUUUGAGUGGUGAAUUGACGGAAACUGAAAUUCUUGAACAGUUUUUAAAUAAUUUUGUUUGCGACCAAGAAGGUGAGAAGAAAAAAGCUAAAGUAACUAAAGAGGAAUUUAUUAAUUACUAUGCCACAAUAAGUGCUUCCAUUGAUAAUGAUGCCUAUUUUGAUUUGGUAAUGAGACGUGCUUAUAAAUUGUAAUUGCAUAAAUAUAUUUUGGAAAAAUUGCACGUGUUUAAAUAAACGUUUUAUAAAAACACGAUGAAA